AUGCAUCCAACAGACUCAGCAACAAGAGGGAUCGAUAAGGACGACAUGACUGAUCAUAUGUGGUGGAAGGGACCAAAGUUUAUCCUGGAUCCAAUAGAGCGAUGGCCAAAGACAUGCCGUCUCUUCAAGAUACCAGAUGACGUGGAGAACGACAGCUGCGCGCUUCCAGUAUCGUCGGCGAGAAGAACUCACAUUAUGGAACUACUGGACUGGAAGAGGCACAACGAAAUGAAUUCGGUCAUUACCACAGUUGCAUACGUCCUAAGAUUCGUCAAACGACUUAUGGGAAAAAAAGAAUCACGACUCCAGUCCAGAGUUCUAGAAAACAUUCCAGAACUAUGUCACAUGACAACGGAUUCCUAUAUUACUGCGAAAGAAAGGCAAAUGGCUCUACAAGUAGUUGUGCGCAAUCACCAAGCAGUUCACUUAGCAGAGGAUAGUCAGAAAGCGCUUAAGCAACUAAAACUGCAGAAAGACGACUCUGGAAUAUUCCGUUGUCGAGGUCGCAUGGACAAAUCCAUCCUGCCAUACCAAGCUUGA